CUGUAUGGCGCGUCUAUUUUCAACACUUGGCUAGAUUCCCUUGAAUGUUUAUAUGAUACAUGAUCAUAUUACGACCGUUGCAGUUUUGUUGUUCGGUCAUUAUUUUGUGUAUUUAUAUUAAUUUUUAAGUAAAAACUAGUCCGUUUUAACAAUGACUGCCGAAGAGGAGGUUUUACGAAUUCAAAAAAAAUUAAACAAAAUGUCAAGUGGUGACGGGACGGUGAGUAAGGUCAAGAGCAAGCUUUGGAGCUUCUUAAAAUUUUACAGAAACUUCCUGUUGAUUUGGAGCUUCUAACAAAAACAAGAAUCGGCAUGACAGUAAAUGCUUUGAGAAAAUCAAGUAGAGACGAUGAAGUCAUUUCAUUAUCAAAGACUCUUAUUAAAAAUUGGAAAAAAUUUUUAUCUGGAUCCAAUAAAGACAAAGAUUCUACUACUUCGAGUAGUUCAAAAAAAAGAGAAGAGAAGUCAGAGAAAAAUAAAGAUGAAACAGAUCAAAAGAAAGAUAAAGAUAUGGUGGAUGGAAAUGAUGUAAAAAUAAAAGAAGAAAAGCCUAAUAAAGAUCUACAAAGAAAACAAGCAUCAUUUCCAGCUCCUACUACAACAGAUGCUGUAAGAUUAAAAUGUAGAGAAUUGUUAGCUGCCGCAUUGAGAGUAGAUGAUAAAACUGUUGAUGGUUGUGCUAGUCCAGAAGAAUUAGCAGAAGAAUUAGAAGAAGCAAUAUAUGCAGAAUUCAAGAAUACUGAUAAUAGAUACAAAAAUAGGGUUCGCAGUAGAGUUGCAAAUUUACGUGAUGUUAAAAAUCCUAGUUUAAAAACGAAUUUCAUUGCCGGUGCUAUUACACCAGCACGAUUAGCUGUUAUGACUGCCGAGGAAAUGGCAAGUGAUGAAAUAAAACAAUUACGGGAAAAAUUCCAAAAGGAAGCAAUUAAUAAUGCUCAACUUGCUACUGUACAAGGCACUAAAACUGAUUUACUCAAAUGUGGUAAAUGCAAAAAACGUAAUUGUACCUAUAAUCAAGUACAAACGCGGUCAGCUGAUGAACCUAUGACUACCUUUGUAUUAUGCAACGAAUGUGGAAAUCGAUGGAAAUUUUGUUAAUUGUUUUCAUCGAUUUUAUUUCUUUAUCAUUGUCAUACAUGAAAAAUGUACUUCAAUCGAAUUGUAUCUAUAAAAGUGGUAUUUGUUUAACACAAACGAAUUGUCAUUAAAAAAUAUAUAUAAACAUUAUGAAUCUUGAAA